CACGGAAACGCCGCUUAAUAAGCAUAACACUCUUUAAAUAAGAGAUGCAAUUAGGCGCAGAACGCGUGGGCAAGGUUCACCCGCCGCCCCACGCACUGCCGAAUUCUUGUCACGCGGUUAGACAAUUCAACCCGCGCUCUUGAGACGAAAUGCAACAAUGCCUAGGCCCCGUGAACCUCGCCAGGCCCUCAUCUACGCAGAGCUACUACCCAACAUACGGCAAGUUUCCGUUGGAUGCUCGCUGCCUUCGCCGAGCACGCCCGACACCGAAGCCACCGUCUCACCUGACGGCUUGACACUUCGCGUCAAACACGAUGGUGUAGAAACAUCCAUCCGUCUCCCCGGGCCAGUCGCCCCGUCCCAGCAGCUCCCAGUGCGGCAUCCGGGCACGGCAGCGCUCUCUUGGCGGUUCCCUCUAGCUAGGAGCUGGGGGCAUAAGGCACUCUUGCCUGUGCCGGAAGAGCCGAGCAUCCCGUGGUCCGCGAGUGAUGUUCGGCCAGAGUCGCCCAUUGCGUGUAGAGCAUGUCGAGCAGUUAUCGUCAGCGCCGGCCGCCUCAAGGCAUGGAAAAACUUGCCGAGCGAGAACUGGGCUGAGAUGAUGGAAUUCUGGCAUUGCCACAAACCUCAUCACCACCGACACGGCCAUGGCCAUGAUGAGGCAGGUCUGGCUUCCAAAGGGUAUAGUGCGAGUUCCAGAAUAUCAGCACAGCCCGGGGUUGGGUUUAUCGACAUAUCCUCCUUCCUCGUGUCCGAAUCGGACAUUUUUCCAUCCUCUAUCACGAAGGCGUUACUGUUCCCGUCAUCCGACGGAACUGUAGGUCACGAUGAAAUGGUUCAAAAUAACGAGCUACACAAGCUGCAAGACGGGAAGACGGGCAUCUUCUGCGCAUCUUGUGAGUCUAUUUUGGGGGUACUGAAUGAUGAAAUAUCUGUUUCCAUAUUCAAAUGGGGGGUUUGUAUGUACGAGCAUGACCAACAGUCCCCUCGCCCAACACUCUCCCAUUGUAUCAGCGCCAUGCUUCUCGCAACGAUGGCUCAAUCAGGCUGUUCGAAGUCGAUCAUUAUGCCCAUGGAGACUUGGAACCGGCCAAGGUCGAAAGAUGCUCAACCGGAGCCUUUAUUGAAUAUUUGGGUAUUCAAUAGGAACAUCGCCUUUUCCUCGACCGAGGAGCCGUGCAAUCUCGCCAUCCCCGCUGUGAAAGUCCUGUAUCGGAUGAUCAGCGCGUCAGAAGCGGACAAGCUACUAGACUCGAUGACGUCGGACGUUCAGGACAUCACCCUGCCAACCAGCAUAGCCGGGGCGCUCCUCGAGCAUUUGACCCGAAGCAACGGUUAUUUACCACAUAGUGACCGCCUGUUCAGGGAGUGGACGGUGGGCCUGUUGGAGAAAUGGGACGGUGGAGGCGAACAAGAACUCUCUGAUUGUGGUUGAAGCGGGGGAUAUGCCUCGCUGCGGAGGUGUUUGUGCACCGUGGGUCCUGUGGUCGAGUAGCUGUGGUCCCGACGAGACUUGCGAUAGCCUCGGUAAAUGGCGUCAAGGCGAACUUUUCUUUGCAUGAGUUUGCCCACCGCUACCCUCCAGGGAGCGA